CAAACUAUCAAACAAAAUUUAUUAAGCUACAAUUAAAAAUUACUACUUCAUCUUAACCUUCCUGCUUCCAUUUUCGAGCUAGUGAUUAGAUAUUAACAAACUGCAAUCUUCAAUAUUAAACAAGCUAAAAUCAAUAACUAAUUGAUUUCGAAGUUGACUCAAAAGUUAAAAAAUUUCUCCAUCAAAUUCUCACCAUGAAUCGAGGGUUUCUGCCACAAAUCAUAUCCCUAUUUUCAAUCGUGUUGCUGAUCAAUGGAUCUCUUAGCACGGCCGUGAAUUCAGCUCUUUUUAAAAUUGAUCCUUCCAAAGUCAGGCAAAUUUCUUGGAAACCCAGGGCAUUUGUAUAUGAGAAAUUUUUGACUGAUGAAGAAUGUGAUCAUUUGAUAUCAAUUGCGAAAAAGGAACUGAAGAGGUCAGCUGUGGCAGAUAAUGAGUCUGGGGAUAGCCAGUUUAGUGAGGUCAGGACAAGCUCCGGCGCCUUUAUCAGCAAUGCAAAGGAUGAUAUUGUAGAACAUAUAGAGCAAAAACUUGCAGUCUGGACAUUCUUACCACAAGAGAAUGGCGAGGACAUACAAGUUCUUAGAUAUGAGGAAGGACAGAAGUAUGAGGCUCACUAUGAUUACUUUGUUGAUAAAGUUAACAUUGCUCGUGGUGGCCAUCGUUAUGCAACCGUUCUUAUGUAUCUAUCAGAUGUUAUGAAAGGCGGUGAGACAGUGUUUCCAAACGCAGAGUUGUCAGAACGUCAAAAGGCAGCUAUUGCAGCAAAUGAUGAUUUGUCCGAGUGUGGAAAGAAAGGCAUUGCAGUGAAACCAAAGAAAGGGGAUGCUCUUUUGUUCUUCAGUCUGUCUCCAAAUGCUGUUCCUGACCAGAUGAGUCUCCACGGAGGCUGUCCUGUGAUUGAGGGUGAGAAAUGGUCUGCCACCAAGUGGAUUCACGUUGACAAUUUUGACAAAAUCCUCACAGAUGGUUGUAGUGAUCGCAAUCAAAAUUGUGAGAGGUGGGCUGCGCUUGGUGAGUGCACUAGGAACCCGGAAUAUAUGGUGGGAACUGCUCAGCUUCCAGGUUACUGUCGGAGAAGUUGCAAUGUCUGUUAGUUUGGCUGUUCUAUAAUAUUGCAGAUGAGGCUGAUGUAAAGUUGCUGUUACAUUCUUUAUCCUCACUGAGUUAUUACCUUUGUUCCAUAUUUUCCACGAAAGUUUUGGACAUGCAAUGACAUCUUUGUGGGAAAAAAGUUAUAGGUUGUACUGUAAUUUACCCCUGUAAUUUCUUUUCUAAUAUUUACACUGUAAUAUCUUUUUAAAAAAAAAAAAUUAGCUUUAUACAUCCAUAGCAGUUUCUUGUUGCUA